AUGAGCUACGUCGCCAAGGACAAAGAAGUCGAUGCCCAGGCCGCCCCUGUGAAGCUGCACAAGAUCCGUAUCACUCUCACGUCCCGUAACGUGAAGUCUUUGGAGAAGAUGAGCAGCGAUCUUAUCAACCGCUCCAAGGACAAGAAGCUUUACGUCAAGGGCCCUGUCCGUCUUCCUACCAAGGUGCUUUCGCACACAACCCGCAAGUCCCCUUGCGGUGAGGGUUCGAAGACCUGGGACCACUAUGAGAUGCGCAUCCACAAGCGCCUCAUUGACUUGCACAGCCCCAGCGAGGUUGUCAAGCAGAUCACCUCUACCGCUCUUGAGCCUGGUGUUGAGGUUGAGAUCACCAUUCUCUCCAACUAA